AAAAUGGAUAUUCCUCAAAAUGAACAUACGCCUUAAAUUACUUUUGAUAAGAUAAAACCAAAAUUUAUAGCAUGGCCUCAAGGUUCUCUUUUUAGCACCGCAUUUCAAUUCCCACUAUUAAUCAACAUAUAUAUUUUUCUAAAAUAAAUAGAGUGAUGAAUUCGAAUUUGGUGCUCACACACAUGUCAAUUCCGAACAAGAAUCCACUCACGUUUCAGCGGGUCAUAUUUUCAUCUUCCCGAAUCAAGUUCAGAAGCAACCUCGUCGUAGCUCAAAGCCCAGGUAUGCAGCAGAGAAUAAUAAUACCGAACAAGCAAGGUCAAAAACUUGUUGGCGUGUUUCAUGACACUGGAUCAGAAAAACUUGCAGUUUUAUGCCACGGCUUUCGGUCCUCAAAGGAGAGCAACAUGAUGGUAAACCUUGCUGUUGCUUUGGAAAAUGAAGGAAUUAGUGCAUUUCGCUUUGAUUUUUCUGGAAAUGGGGAAAGUGAAGGCCCCUUUGAGUAUGGUAACUACUCAGGUGAGAGAGAAGACUUAAGAGCUGUCGUUGAAUACUUCACUGGAGUACGUCGUGUGCCAGCUGCUAUUCUAGGCCAUAGUAAAGGUGGCAGUGUUGUCCUCCUUUAUGCAUCUAAGUAUCAUGAUAUAGGUGCUGUUGUUAAUGUCUGUGGUCGUUAUGAUCUCAAAAGCGGUCUUGAAAGACGCCUUGGUGAAAAUUUCAUGGAAACGCUGAAGAAGGAUGGGUAUAUUGACGUUAAAACUAAAACAGGGGCUGUAAGUUAUCGAGUCACGGAGAAGAGUUUACUGGAGCGAGUGAAUACAAACAUGCAUGAGGCAUGCCUUUCAAUUGACAAGGGCUGCAGGGUGUUGACAGUUCAUGGAUCAGCAGAUGAAGUGAUCCCAGUAGACGACGCCCUAGAGUUUGCAAAGAUUAUACCGAACCACGAGCUGCAAAUAAUCCAAGGAGCUGAUCAUAAGUAUAGCUCACAUCAAGGCGAAUUAACUUCAAUAGUUGUGCGUUUCAUAAAGGAAUGCCUGCACUAGACUCAACAUCUCUCCAAAUAGGUUAGUCACCAGCCCUUACUGCGAAAAAUGCGCGUAUUUACUUCCAUUUGUAAAAACAAUUACCUUGCAUGAUGACUGAUUGUUGUUGGAUGAAACAUCAAAUUUGGAAUUUUUUCGGCCAACUCAACGUAAAAGAGUGAGCAGUCAAGUAUCUCUACAUGCUGACUUUCAUCUA